AAACUCUGGUCAUUGGCUGUGGCAGCAACUAGUAUAAGAUGCUCUGAAAACUCUUCAAACACUGAGGGGCACCAGAGGAGCAGACUACAAGAAUGGCACAUGCUAUGGAAAACUCCUGGACAAUCAGUGAAGAGUACCAUAUUGAUAAAGAAGUGGGCUUCGCUCUGCCAAAUCCACAGGAAAAUCUACCUGAUUUUUAUAAUGACUGGAUGUUCAUUGCUAAACAUCUGCCUGAUCUCAUAGAGUCUGGCCAACUUCGAGAAAGAGUUGAGAAGUUAGACAUGCUCAGCAUUGAUCAUCUCACAGACCACAAGUCACAGCGCCUUGCACAUCUAGUUCUGGGAUUCAUCACCAUGGCGUAUGUGUGGGAUAAAGGUCAUGGAGACAUCCGUAAGGUCUUGCCAAGAAAUAUUGCUGUUCCUUACUGCCAACUCUCCGAGAAACUGGAACUGCCUCCUAUUCUGGUUUAUGCAGACUGUGUCUUGGCAAACUGGAAGAAAAAGGAUCCUAAUAAGCCCCUGACUUAUGAGAACAUGGACGUUUUGUUCUCAUUUCGUGAUGGAGACUGCAGUAAAGGAUUCUUCCUGGUCUCUCUAUUGGUAGAAAUAGCAGCUGCUUCUGCUAUCAAAGUAAUUCCUACUGUAUUCAGGGCAAUGCAAAUGCAAGAACGCGACACUCUGCUAAAGGCACUGUUGGAAAUAGCUUCUUGCCUGGAGAAAGCCCUUCAAGUGUUUCACCAAAUGCAUGAUCACGUAAACCCAAAUACAUUUUUCAGUGUUCUUCGCAUAUAUUUGGCUGGCUGGAAAGGCAACCCCCAGCUAUCAGAUGGUCUGGUGUAUGAGGGGUUCUGGAAAGACCCAAAGCAGUUUGCAGGGGGCAGCGCAGCACAAAGCAGCAUCUUUCAGUGCUUUGACGUCCUGCUGGGCAUCCAGCAGAAUGCUGGACAUGCUGCUCAGUUCCUCCAGGACAUGAGAACAUAUAUGCCACCGGCUCACAGAAACUUCCUGUGCUCCUUAGAGUCAAGUCCCUCAGUCCGUGAGUUUGUCCUUUCAAAAGGUGAUGCUGGCCUGCGGGAAGCUUAUGAUGCCUGUGUGAAAGCUCUGGUCUCCCUGAGGAGCUACCAUCUGCAAAUUGUGACCAAGUACGUCCUGAUUCCUGCAAGCCAGCAGCCACAGAAGAACAAGACCUCUGAAGACCCUUCAAAACUGGAUGCCAAAGGAACUGGAGGCACUGAUUUAAUGAAAUUCCUAAAGACUGUGAGAAGUACAACCGAGAAAUACCUUUUGAAGGAAUGUUAAUGUAACCCAACAAGAGCACAUCUUAUCAUAGCAGAGACAUCUGCAUAUAUUCCCGUCAUUACCCAUUGUAACAGAGCCACAAACUAAUACUAUGCAGUGCUUUGCCAAUAAUGCAAUACAAAAGACCUCAAAAUACCUGUGCAUUUCUUGUAGGAAAACAACAAAAGGUAAUUAUGUGUAAUUAUAGUGGAAGUUUUAUAAUCUGUAUCUUGUCAUUGGAAUAAAAUGAUUAAAUCAAAUAAAUAAAAA